AUGGAGCCGGCCGGCCCCUGCCAGGCGCCGCUGCUCCCCGCCAACGACUCUUACCACGGCCGAAACUGCAGCGGCGAGGAAGGGAUCUACCAAGAUGCCACCCCCCUCUCCGGGAAGAUCGUGCUCGCCGUCGUCCUGGCGCUCGUCACCCUGGCCACGGUGCUCUCCAACGCCUUUGUCAUCGCCACGGUCUACCAGACGAGGAAACUCCACACGCCGGCCAACUAUCUCAUCGCCUCGCUGGCCGUCACCGACCUCCUCGUCUCCAUCCUCGUCAUGCCCAUCAGCACCAUGUACACUGUGACCGGCAAGUGGACGCUGGGCCAGAUCGUCUGCGAUAUCUGGCUGUCCUCGGACAUCACCUGUUGCACGGCGUCCAUCCUGCACCUCUGUGUCAUCGCCCUGGACCGCUACUGGGCGAUCACCGACGCCGUCGAGUACUCCACGAAACGGACUCCCAAGCGGGCAGCGGGCAUGAUCGCGCUGGUGUGGGUCUUCUCCAUCUGCAUCUCCAUGCCCCCUUUGUUUUGGCGGCAGGCGAAGGCCGAGGAAGCCUCCCACUGUGUGGUGAACACAGACCACGUCCUCUACACCGUGUACUCCACGGUGGGAGCCUUCUACUUCCCCACUCUGCUGCUGAUAGCCCUCUACGGGAGGAUCUACGUGGAAGCCAGAUCGCGGAUUUUGAAGCAGACGCCAAAGAAAGCAGGUAAAAGACUAACGCGGGCGCAGUUAAUCACAGACUCCCCGGGGUCGUCCUCCUCCGUCACGUCCAUAAACUCCAAGGCCCCCGAGGGAUCCAGCGAAACGGGCUCUCCCGUGUACAUGAACCAGGUGAAGGUGAAGGUCUCGGAUGCCCUGCUGGAGAAAAAGAAGCUCACGGCCGCUAGAGAGCGGAAGGCUACAAAGACUUUAGGGAUUAUUUUAGGAGCCUUCAUCGUCUGUUGGCUGCCCUUUUUCAUCAUCAGCCUGGUGUUGCCUAUUUGCAAGGGCGCUUGCUGGUUCCACAUGGCCAUCUUUGACUUUUUCACGUGGCUUGGAUAUCUCAACUCCCUCAUCAACCCCAUCAUCUAUACUAUGUCUAACGAAGACUUCAAACAAGCUUUCCACAAACUCAUACGUUUCCGAUGCACAAGCUGAAAAUUUUGAAUGCGAUGUGUUGUUCUCCGGGGCUGCCCCCAUGCAGCCCCGUGCCCGACGCCACAGAAUCAAGUUGCUAUUGUAAAGACCCACUGCUUGAAACUUCCCCAAGCCCAGUUGCCAGACUCAUGAUGCUGCAAAAACGUCAAUACAUACUGCCACCAAACUGCUCAGCUCUGCAUUUCAGUGUAAUGACUCUGGCAGAGAUGCUGUUCCAAUAGUCACGCAGAUCAGUUGCAAAAAAAGAGGGCAGCCUCGAAUCAAGGUCUAUAAUUCAUCUGGACUGAAGAUAUAAACUCCAUUUAUUUUGCAGGCUUAACUUCUUAAUUUGUUCUCCGGCCGGUUGUAGGGGUGUGCACAAGAGCACAGUUGUCUCUGUCUGUGUUGGUAGCAUAGUUGUACUUCUGCACACCUGUAAUUUCUUUCUUUCAGUGGAAAGAGUUGCUCACUUCACUUAUGAGGCCAAGAGGAGAAAAAAGCAGCAUUUAAAAUAGGAGCAUCACAGUAAAUUCUGUAAAUGACUCCUUCAGCUGAACAUGUGUGAGAAGUGACAGUGUGCAAAAGUUGUAUUUGUAUUUCAAAGCAAAAGCAAAUGCUGUAGAAACAAGAGUUGUAGACCUGUUCAACUGCACUGCAUAUCUAUAGUCUGUCCUCAUAGUUGCCAUUAUAAAGUAAAUACUUCUUGCUUCUACUCCGUAACUCAAGAGCAGAAAUCAAGAAGUCUGAUGACCUUUUCCAUAAACCAGCUGGGAAUAGAAGUAGCAGUUUGAUGUUGUAACCAUGUUUUCCAUUUUGUGUCAGUUGCACACCCUUACCGCAUGAACCACUGCGAAAUUUAGAAUUCUUGAAGUAAUUACAUUAUUUAGUGCAUUUUGUAAAGAAGUGAAGCAGUUUGCUCUUUCAGAAGAGCUAUAUCACCUGCAAAAUAAAUACCCAUGAAUCAUGAAUUAACUGAUGUUAGUGAAAUUACUCUGCUCCCUACUUUCCCCCUAUUUUUUUUCUUUAUUUUUUUUUUUCUGAUCAGACCUGAAAACAGGUCUACGCAUAUUCAGCAGUCAAAGUUAAGAGUUUCAGGAUAUGUUCCACCUGCUGUGAUAGAACUGCAUUGAU